CGCCUGUCGGUGACAGCCAUCGCGAAGGCCAGCGUCACCUUUUCUUCUAUUGACAUGCCACCUGUUCCCAUCUACAAAGGUAGAUUAGAGCCAUCACCAACCGAGUGACCACGUUGCACCCUCCUAGAAACAAAUUAUUACGUGUCUCUUCUGUUGUGUUGUUUGGCAGAAGAAAAAGAAAAGGUACAUUAACGACGCUUCCUGCCUUCUUGUUUCCCCUCCCCCGCUCCGGCCAGGCGUCAAGCAGUACGUUAUUCAAUCCCUCACCUGCAUUUUCCUCCCUCUAGCACUCUAGCAGCCGGGCCCCUCUCCUGCCCACCAAUACCAACAACACCACCACCGCCCUACUCCAUACUCUCUGCCCCUCAAGCCAGAACACUAUUUAUUAUGCGCUCUUACCGCUUGGGUUCUUCUGCCUGACCACAUACAACGAACUGUAUCAUUCGUCGUCGUCGGCGUCGUCAUCGCAAACACAGUCGCAGCUACCUACUAUCACCUCAUCACGCCCCAUAGAUUUCACGCAUCUGAAGGUUGCCAGCCUCUUCAGAAAGCUUAGCCCCCGCCGUCGGAACCCACCUAACGCAAUCCAUUCGCAUCCACACCCAGCACGCCUCACGCAGGCCUUCGCCUCCGAGAUCCCCAACGGAGGGACAACGCAACGCACGGCGACACGCAUCUUCUUCACUUUACACGAUCCGAAUACCCCGACCGACAAUAUCCUCCCCUCCGCACCACAAAAGACAACACAGAACACAAUGGCGUCUUUCGUCACCAACCUCUGGGAGUCGAUCUUCAUCCCGGGCCCGACCCCGACUCUCGUCCGAGCCGCUAACGCAACCUUCGCCGCCCUUCAGGUCCUCCUCGCCGUGCUCCUCCUGACGACCUGGAGCAUUCACUUCGUCAUCCUCUCCUUCCUCAGCGGGUUCCUCUGGUUCUCCAUAAACUGGUUCGUCAACGAGCUUGCCAUCCACGCCGAGCAGGAGGCCAAGAAGGCCCGCCUCGCUGAGUCCUCUUCCUCAGGGGUCGGCAGCGGCGGCGGCGGAAACACCCAAGGGACCGAUGAUAGCGACACCGAGGUCGAGGGUGCCGUCGCCGGCGGUGUAGGCGCGCGAAAGAAGGUUGCUGCUGCCGGGAGCAGUCAAGUCGAGACGGCGCAGCAGCAGCAGCAGGCCGCCGAUCUGAAGCGUCGCACCGCCGCAGCCGUCGCCGCAGCUGCGGCCGAGUCCGGGGCCGAGGAUGCGACGAACGGGGGCACACAGUCAAGCGUCAGCACCGAGGACGAGUGGGAGAAGGUCUCAGAGAACGAGAAUGAGAAGGACAAGUGAACGAUUUGGUCAAGGAGGCGCCGUGGGACGCGCGAGCACACACACACACACACACACACACAAACACACAAACACAGACACGUACGGCGAUACUAACUUGAUCACACCGCUCCUGAACGAAGCGGAAACCACCUACGGUGUGUUAUAGGGUUGCAGUAGGCAUAGGCCGAGGACGCAUCUCUUGCGACGAGAUACUCGAUAUACCCUUGAGCAAGCAACGGCACAUGAGCUACUGCGAGGACGGCUUGGUUGCAAUGAAGCGAACUUGUACAUAAGGACUCGGCAGCAUGCUUUCUCAUAAGCAGCUCCACGUACAAAUAUUCACACACAAAGACAGCGCUUUACACGGACACACGGUCUUUGAACAAAGGCUUCCAUCUGAAAAUGGUGACGUGUUGAGAAAUGACUUGUGCGUCUAGCAGAAACCGGCCGCGGCCACACGCAGCCCUGUAGCAUUUCCACAAACUCCUAACCCAAGCAAAACCAUGGCAAGUCAUUUUCAUGAACGUACAAACCUCAAAUAAGGUGCGCCCCCUUCCUCCCUCUCCCGGAACGCCGAUUUAUGCCCACGUGCCGCUCGUACAGCAGUGCUCGACUACUACCGCUACUACUGGUCCCGACCUCU